AUGGUCUUAACGUGGGUCGAGAUACUGUUCCUGGGGCUCGUUUGCUGCCUCUUCAUCCGCUCAACAUGGAACUCAAUGUACAAGGACCGCAAUCUGCCCCCCGGACCGACCCCCCUGCCCUUUAUCGGAAACCUGCUGCAGAUAGAACGGGGGCAGAUGGUGAAAUCUCUGAUGAAGUUUACGGAGAAAUACGGCUCGGUCUACACCCUGUAUUUUGGGCCAAAUCCCGUGGUUGUGAUCAGCGGGUACGAGGCUGUGCGAGAAGCUCUCAUCACUCAGGGAGACGACUUCGGAGCCCGCGGGAAAAUCCCAACAAUGGACAGUUUCACCCGGGGUGACGGACUAAGUUUUAGCAACGGGGAGCGAUGGAGACAGAUGCGGGGCUUCACUUUCAAAACCCUGAAAAAUCUGGGGUUCGGGAAGAAAAGCUUUGAGUUAAAAAUCCAGGAAGAAGCAAAAUGCAUGGUGGAGGAACUCAAGAAUCUGAGAGGGCAGCCCACAGAGCCAACAAAACUAUUAAUGGACGCUUCUACCAAUAUCCUUUUGUCCAUUGUCUUUGGAGACCGUUCUGAGUAUAAGGGUGAGAGGUUUACGCAGCUCCUGGCAUAUGUAGAAGAGACUUUUCAUCUGUUAAGCAGCCCCUGGGGACAGUUGCAGAGCGUCCUUCCUCAGGUCAUGAAUUACGUUCCUGGCCCUCACCAAAAACUCAAAACGAUUUCUGAAGAGAUGGUGACUUUUAUAAAAGAAAAAGUAAAGGUCCACCAGCAGACGCUGGACCCCAACAACACCAGAGAUUUUAUUGACGCUUUCCUUAUAAAAAUGGAAGAGGAAAAAAAUAAUCCAAAUACAGAGUUUACCAUGAGGAAUCUAGUGAUAACAAUCCAUAACCUGUUUAUUGCGGGAGCUGAGGCCGUCAGCACCACCCUGAAACACGGGCUGCUCCUUCUGCUAAAACAUCCUGAGAUUGAAGAUGCUGUGAUUCACGAAAUCCACAGAUUUGCCGACAUUGCCCCCUUUAGCGUCCCCCACAUGACAGCCAAGGACACUCUGUUCAGGGGAUACGCCAUUCCCAAGGGUACCGAUAUCUAUCCUCUCCUCUGCUCAGUACACCGAGAUCCCGGGUAUUUCUCCACCCCAUAUAAAUUCAAUCCCAACCACUUUUUGGAUGAGAAUGGUAAAUUUAAAAGGAACGAGGCCAUGAUGGCGUUUUCUGCAGGGAAGCGGGUCUGCCCCGGGGAAAAUCUCGCACGGAUGCAUUUGUUUCUGUUCUUCACCACCCUCCUUCAGAAUUUCACACUGAGCUCGAAAAGGAAAUUCACCGAGGCGGACAUCGCACCACGAAUGGCGGGGUUUCUAAACACCCCCAUCCGCUACGAGCUUUCAUUUAUCCAGCGCUAA